AUUUUGUUUAACGAUUGAAUUUUUUGCAACCAAAGAAAUUGGAAUUCCUGGUUUAUAUUCCUUGGCAGCCUGGUGAGAUGUAAAAAGUCAGUCAAACUGAUUCUGAAGAUGUGAAACCCCAAAACUUGUUACAAAAAUCUUAUCUAAGAAGAUGGAAAUGGAAAUGAAAAAGAUUGAGGCUAAGAAAGGGGAAGUACGCGAAAGUGAAGUUACGAGAAGAAUUGCUGAAGGUUUUCGUAAGGUUCAAGAGAAGAAGAUAAAUGUUCAAAAUCUGAAUUUCAAAAGGAAGCUGUAUUGGUAUGCUAGUAUAUUCCUCCUACUGGUUACAAUAGGUUUUCUUAUUGGUUGGUUUUCAUCAAUCUUUCAUCAUACGCCUAGAGACGCUGAUUAUGACGAUGAUGAACCUGGUGAUGAUGGAACAUGCAAGAUUGAAGGAGUUCAAAGCCCUGGGCACUCUUGUCAUACGUUUCUAGUCUGUAGAAACUUAAAAAUAGUUGAGGUGAAAUGUCCAAAAUUUCAACAUUUUGACGCAAAAUCUCUAAGCUGUCGUUGGAUUCACCUUGCAGAGUGCAAAAUUCGGCAUGGCGGCACAGUUGAAGAACCACCUAAAAUAAUUCCACCUGAGGAUCUUGUUCCAGUUGAUGUACAUGAUGAUGACCCUGAACCUCCUGGUCCUGUAGGCGGGCAGAUUCCUUCUCUUCAACAGAUUCUAGAUACAGAGGUUUGGAUGUUGAAGAAACACGGGAUUGCAAAAACUAGAAAAAAUCUCAGAACUCUGUCUAACCAAGAUGUUGAGAAGAUUAGUCCUAGAAGCUGGAAGAACCCAGAGAAUGUUAAGAUCCUAGAAUCCGUCCUUGAUGAGAAAAGCUGGGAUUAUUUAUUCCCAAUCCGACACAAGAACUAUACUUACAGUGGGUUCCUUCAAGCAGUUGGAAAAUUUCCUGAGUUUUGCUCCAGUAAGGAUUUGUGCGGAAUCUCUCUGGCCAUCACUUUUGCACAUUUCACGCAGGAGACAGGAGCACAUGAUCCCAGUAAUAUAAACCCUGAGUGGAGACAAGGCCUCUACUAUCUGGAGGAAUCUGGGUGUUCAACUAGAGAUUGUGGAUACAGCGCUAACUGUAAGAUUGACAACUGGUUGACAAAAGCUUGGCCUUGUCAGUAUGAUAAGAAUGGAAAACAUCUCAGUUAUCAUGGAAGAGGAGCAAAGCAGAUCUCGUACAACUACAAUUACGGUCAGUUUUCAACCUUUAUGUACGGGAAUACAACCCAUCUACUCCAGUAUCCAGGUCUGCUCUCCAGUACUUGGUUGAGUUUAGGAUCAGCAAUAUGGUUCUUUAUCAUGCCUCAACCUCCUAAACCAUCCAUGCUAGAGGUGGUAGAGGGUAGCUGGAGACCAAAUAAAGUAGAUGAAGAUGCUGGGCUUUAUCCUGGAUUCGGACUCACAACUAAUAUCAUAAAUGGAGGAAUAGAGUGUGGAAAAGGUAGAGAGUUGCCACAGAGCAGGAAUAGACAGGAUUAUUUCAGACAUUUUAGAAAAUUCUUCAAAGUGUCUGGCUGGGAGGAGAAUGGUAGUUGUAAAGAAAUGGAUCAGUUUCCUGAGAAGGGAUCAGGAUCCAGGACGCUUUUCUGGGAGCAGGACUGGAGCAGGAGCUACUACUGUAAACUAGUAAACUAUCAAACUCAGUUCUCAGCUCUUGUUCAAGGCGAUUAUCUGAGAUGCGUGGAGGACAAAUUCUCUGUUAUUAUCCAAUAGUAUAUCUUGUAAUAUGUAUUCAAUAAUAUUUCCUGCAAUAUAUCUUGGUAAUAUUUAAUUCAAUAAUAUUUCCUGUAAUAUUUAAUUCAAUAAUAUGUCCUGCAAUGUAUUCUGUAAUACUUAAUUCAAUGGUUUAAUAAACUAUAAAAGCGAUAA